AUGGAAAUGCUAACCAGAUGGAUUUGGUUUGGGAUACUUAUAUCGCUGUGCGGAUGUUUCGAGUUACAUUUUUCGGAGAAGCUUCAUCCUGGAGCUGCGCUUGUGAACGCAUCUCUCGGACCGGACUGGACUUACAAAAUAGACAAAACUCUCACUACAAAAUCCAUCAGACAACAUGUGAAGGUCGGAAGACGUGAUGGAGUUGUAAUGCUCAGCCAAAAAGUUCACUGUUCACCCUCGCAGAAACACCAAGUGUCUGUGUAUUUAAGAAUAGCAUCAUUAAGUUCUGAAAACUUUGUACUGAUUCAUUUUAAUACUUUUGUUCACGGUCAGAACUGUUUUAGGAAGUAUAGAAGGAAGCGUUCAAGACCAGACGCAUUUAUUUAUUUUCAUUUUCCACAUGAGUGCUUGAACCCGAACUUAUUACCUGUAAUUAUCUAUGAACACUUACCAAGGUUUGUACAGGAGCAUCAAAUACUCCGAACUACCUGCAGGGAGACAGAGACGCGGACAAACCCCUGUCUGCAUCACAAUGCCAGUUUACAUUGCUCAGUGCAGAGUGCAAAACACGGCGUGUUACAUGUGCGGGUGAAAUUGCUGUUUGUGUCAAACCGUGAUCAGAGUUUGUCUGUAAAUACUGAACAAAGAUCUCAGGAAAAACGCAAGAAACGAAAUGCCAACUCUGCUCCACAAUUUCAACUGCCUAAUUACCAGGUUUCUAUACCCGAGAAUGAGCCAUCUGGAACGCGGGUGAUCACCCUGAAAGCCUUCGACUCAGAUGAUGGAGAUGCUGGAGUGCUUGAGUAUGACAUGGAAGCUCUGUUUUACAGCAGGUCUAACGAUUACUUCCAGAUCAACCCACAGACAGGUGGCAUCACCACCAUGCAGACUUUGGACAGAGAGGUUAAAGACACCCAUGUUUUCAAAGUUACAGCCACUGACAAUGGCACUCCAAAGAGGUCUGCAACUGCUUAUCUCACCAUCACGGUCAGCGACACCAAUGACCACAGUCCAGUGUUUGAGCAGACUGACUACAGGGUCAGCAUCCGAGAAAAUGUGGAGGUCGGGUUUGAAGUGAUGACCAUUCGUGCCACCGAUGGAGACGCUCCUUCCAAUGCCAACAUGAUGUACAAGAUUAUCAAUGAGCCUGAACUGAAGGGUGUCUUCGAAAUUGAUCCCAGAAACGGCGUUGUCAAAACCAAGAUCCGCCCAGACAGAGAGGUCCAGUCACAGUACCGGAUUAUUGUGGAGGCCAAUGACCAGGGCAGAGAUCCUGGGCCUCGUAGUGCGACGGCAACUGUGCACAUCAUGGUGGAGGAUGAGAAUGACAAUGUUCCUCAGUUCAGUGAAAAAAGAUACACCGUCCAGGUGCUUGAAAAUGUGCCUGUCAACUCACAAGUCGCACAGGUUAAGGCCACGGACAAAGAUGCUGGACAUAAUGGCAAAGUGCACUACAGUAUUAUCAGUGGAAAUGUAAAAGGUCAGUUCUUUAUUCACUCCCCGACAGGCAUCAUUGACGUAAUUAACCCUUUGGAUUAUGAGGUAAUCAGGGAAUAUAAUUUACGCAUAAAAGCGCAAGAUGGUGGCAGGCCACCGCUUAUAAAUGCCACCGGUAUGGUUGUGGUGCAGGUGGUGGAUGUGAACGAUAAUGCCCCAAUGUUUAUAAGCACACCUUUUCAAGCUUCAGUGCUGGAAAAUGUUCCUGUUGGUCGCUCUAUAAUUCACAUUCAAGCUGUUGACUCAGAUUCAGGGGACAAUUCACAUUUGGAGUACAGACUCACAGAUAUGUCACCCAGCUUUCCCUUUGUUAUCAACAAUAAUACAGGGUGGAUUACAGUCAGCAUGGAGCUAGACAGAGAAACCACAGAGUUUUACACUUUUGGUGUGGAGGCAAGAGACCAUGGGGUGCCUGUGAUGUCCUCUUCAGCAAGUGUAAGUGUCACAGUGUUAGAUGUCAAUGACAAUAUUCCCACCUUCACCCAAAAACUGUAUAACCUUAAGAUAAAUGAGGAUACCGUGGUGGGUGAAAGUGUACUUACAGUUACAGCCAUAGACAGAGAUGUAAACAGUGUGGUGACCUAUCAGCUAUCGAGUGGGAACACACGGAAUAGGUUUGCCAUCACCAGCCAGAGUGGCGGUGGGCUCAUUACAUUAGCCUUGCCACUGGACUACAAACAGGAGCGCCACUAUGUCCUCACAGUCACAGCGUCAGAUGGCACACGCUUUGACACGGCACAGGUUUUUAUUAACGUUACAGAUGCCAACACUCAUCGGCCUGUCUUUCAGAGUGCCAACUACCAAGUGUUAUUGAGUGAAGAUAAGCCUGUGGGCUCUACUGUUGUGGUCAUCAGUGCGAUCGAUGAAGACAUUGGUGAAAAUGCCCGCAUUACAUACAUGAUGGAGGACAACGUGCCUCAGUUCAAGAUUCACCCUGACACUGGUGCAAUUACCACUCAGAUCGAAAUUGACUAUGAAGACCAAGCCUCAUAUACGUUGGCCAUCAUUGCACGAGACAACGGGAUCCCUCAGAAGUCUGACACCACCUAUGUGGAGAUCAUAAUACUUGAUGCCAAUGAUAAUGCCCCCCAGUUCCUAAGGGCAAUCUACCAAGGCACUGUGUUUGAGGAUGCACCUGUGUACACAAGUGUACUUCAGGUCUCUGCGUCAGACAGAGAUUCAGGGUCCAAUGGUAGAGUGAGCUACACAUUUCAAGGAGGGGAUGAUGGUGAGGGUGAUUUUUUUAUCGAGCCUUACUCAGGGAUAAUCAGAACAGCCCGGAAGCUGGAUAGAGAGAAUGUAGCUAUAUACAACCUCAAGGCCUUUGCUAUGGACAAAGGAGUCCCGCCGUUAAAAGCGUCUGUUUCUAUUCAGGUCACAGUGUUGGACAUUAAUGACAAUGCCCCCGUGUUUGAAAAGGACGAAUUGUAUAUCUAUGUGGAAGAGAACAGAUCUGUAGGAUCAACAUUGGCUCGUGUCAGUGCCACAGAUCCUGAUGAAGGAACCAAUGCACAAAUUCUGUACCAGAUUGUGGAGGGAAAUGUUCCUGAAGUCUUCCAACUGGACAUCUUCAAUGGGGAUCUGAUUGCGCUUACAGAUCUGGAUUAUGAAACCAAGAUGGAGUAUCUGAUUGUAGUUCAAGCCACCUCUGCGCCACUUGUCAGUCGGGCUACUGUAAACAUCCAACUUGUGGAUGUCAACGACAAUGAUCCUGUUCUGCAGGAUUUCGAGAUCAUUUUUAAUAACUACAUUAGCAACAAGACUAACAGCUUCCCCGCAGGGGUCAUUGGAAAGGUUCCUGCACAUGACCCGGAUGUAUCUGAUAGGCUCCAUUAUACAUUUGUGGAAGGAAAUGAGCUUAGUUUGCUGAUUCUGAACCAGGACACAGGGGAGCUGAAGCUGAGCAGGGAUCUGGACAACAACAGACCCCUGGAGGCCACCAUGAGAGUAAAAGUGUCAGAUGGUCUGCACCACGUCUCAGCUCUUUGCACCCUUCGUGUCAUCAUAAUCACAGAUGACAUGCUAACCAACAGCAUAACGGUACGACUGGAGAACAUGUCCAAGGAGCGUUUUCUCUCACCAUUGCUCGAUUUGUUCACCAAGGGUGUUGCUGCUGUGCUGUCCACCACCCGAGAUGGAGUCUUUGUCUUUAACGUGCAGAACGACACAGAUGUGGAUUCCACCAUCCUUAACGUCACCUUCUCUGCUCUGCUGCCCGGAGGCACCCCGGGUCGCUUCUACCCGAGUGAGGACCUCCAGGGGCAGCUGUACCUGAACCGGACACUGCUUACGCUCAUCUCUACACAUCAUGUGCUGCCCUUCGAUGACAACAUCUGCCUUCGUGAGCCAUGCCAGAACUACAUGAAGUGUGUGUCGGUACUAAAAUUUGACAGCUCAGCUCCUUUUGUGGCCUCCGACAUGAUCCUUUUCCGGCCCAUCCACCCCGUGAACAGGCUACGCUGUCGCUGUCCGCACGGUUUCACUGGUGAUUACUGCGAGGCGGAGAUAGAUCUUUGCUACUCAUCACCAUGCCAGAACAAUGGAAAGUGUCGCAGCCAGGAGGGGGGGUACACCUGCGACUGCCCCGAGGAUUUUACAGGUGAGCAUUGUGAGGUGGACGCGCGCUCGGGUCGCUGUGUAUCUGGUGUUUGUAAGAAUGGAGGGCGUUGUGUGAACCUGCUGGUUGGUGGGUUUAUGUGCCAGUGUCCUGAAGGAGGGUUUGAGAAGCCCUAUUGCCAGAUGAGCACUCGCAGCUUUCCUGGAAAUGCAUUUGUCACCUUUAGGGGCCUGAGACAGAGGUUCCACUUUACACUGUCCUUUAUGUUUGCCACAAGAGAGAGAAAUGCGCUGUUACUGUAUAACGGCAGGUUUAAUGGAAAGCAUGACUUCAUAUCUGUGGAAAUUGUGGACGAGCAAAUCCAGCUCACUUUCUCAGCUGGUGAAAGCAGGACCACCGUGGCUCCAUUCAUACCUGAUGGAGUGAGUGAUGGACAGUGGCACACAGUUCUGCUGCACUACUACAACAAGCCUCACAUUGGACGUACUGGCCUCCCUCAUGGUCCUUCUGAGGAGAAAGUUGCUGUGGUUGCCGUGGAUGACUGUGAUGUGGCCAUGGCUUUGCGCUUUGGUGGUCAGGUUGGAAACUACACAUGUGCAGCCCAGGGAACCCAGACAGGCCAGAAAAAAUCUCUGGAUCUGACCGGCCCUUUACUCCUGGGUGGAGUUCCAGACCUUCCUGAGGACUUUCCAGUACGUAAUCGAGAUUUUGUGGGCUGCAUAAGGAAUCUCAUCAUUGACAGCAAGCGUGUUGACAUGGCCAGCUUUAUUGCUAACAACGGCACCACUGCAGGUUGUGUGGUGAAGAGUGAUUUCUGCAGCAAAAGUGUGUGUCAUAACGAAGGCCACUGUGUGAACAUGUGGAACACCUACUCCUGUAAAUGCCCGCUGGGAUAUGGUGGAAAGAACUGUGAACAAGUCAUGCCGUUUCCACUACACUUUGAUGGACAUGCACUGGUUUCAUGGAGGGACCCUGACAUCACUAUAACAAUCCCCUGGUACAUCAGUAUGAUGUUUCGCACCCGUAAGGGUGCUGGCAUUUUGCUUCAGGCCAGCGCUGGAGAACUCUCCAAAUUCAGCCUGCAGGUCAGUAGGAUGCAUGUUUGUUUUCAGGUGUUUCUAGGUGCUCGGCGUGUGGCUCUGCUGGAGUUUCCACAGGUUCGGGUCAACGACGGAGAGUGGCAUCACAUCCUAGUGGAGCUGAAGAGCAUAAAGGAUGAGAAGGACAUAAAGUACAUUGCACUGUUCUCACUGGAUUAUGGGAUGUUCCAGGGGACAGUGGAGAUUGGGAAUGAGCUGCCUGGAUUACAACUGAAGAGUCUCUCUAUGGGAGGUGUGAUGAAGAAAGGUGGACCAGUCCUUAAUGGAUUUAAUGGCUGCAUGCAGGGUGUGCGGAUGGGUGAGACCUCCACCAACACGGUGAACAUUAACAUGCAGCAGGCUGUGAGAGUUCGUGUAAUGGAUGGCUGUGAUGUUCCAGAUGCAUGUAUGUCCAACAUGUGUCCCACACACAGUCGCUGUGAAGACAACUGGGGCUCACAUUCCUGUGUGUGUGAGCCAGGUUACUUUGGAAAGGACUGUGUGGACGCCUGUCUGCUGAACCCAUGUGAACACACAUCCACCUGUGUGAGGAAUCCUCCCAGCAAACACGGCUACACCUGCGAGUGUGGACACAACUACUACGGGCAGUACUGCGAGCACAGAGGGGACCAGCCAUGUGCUCGAGGUUGGUGGGGUUACCCUAACUGCGGUCCAUGCAACUGUGAUGUUAAUAAGGGCUUUAAAAGAGACUGCAACAAGACAACGGGGGUAUGCAGCUGCAAGGAUAAUUACUAUCGGCCAAUUGACAGUGACACCUGCUACCCAUGUGAAUGUUUCCAUUUGGGGUCCCUAUCUCGCACCUGUGAACCAAUAACUGGACAGUGCCAGUGUAAAACUGGUGUGGUUGGACGCCAGUGUAACCACUGUGACAACCCCUUUGCUGAGGUGACCUCCAGUGGCUGUGUGGUGGUUUACGAUGGCUGUCCCAAGGCUUUUGAUGCUGGCAUCUGGUGGCCCAAGACCAUGUUUGGUCGCCCUGCAGCAACAAACUGUCCCAAAGGAUCCACAGGCACUGUUAUUCGUCACUGCAGUGAUGAGACAGGAUGGCUUUCUCCAGAACUCUUCAAUUGUACCUCUCUCAGCUUCACCCAACUCAGGAAAGAGGUUGAGGAGCUCCACGCUAACUUGUCUAGACUAGAUGUGGAGAGGUGUCAAAGCCUGGUGGGAAUGUUGCGCACUGCUACAGAGAGUACAGAGCGUCUGUACGGGAGUGAUUUGAGGACGGCGUACCAGCUGAUGGGUAGCAUCCUGCAGCAUGAGAGUCUACAGCAGGGCUUCGACCUUUCUGCUACCCAUCAUUCCACCUUCAAUGAGGACAUGGUUAGAGCAGGCAGUGCCAUCCUGGACCCAGUUAACAAGGGUCAAUGGGAGCAGAUUAAUCAGUCGGAUGGAGGCAGUGCUGAAGUGCUCCAUCAUUUUGAGGAGUAUGCCAACACCCUCGCCCAGAACAUGAGGAAAACAUAUUUCAAACCCUUCACUAUCAUCACAGACAACAUACUUUUCACGAUGGACUUUUUGGAUCCAAGCACUGCAGACCAGGCUGAGCUCCCUCACUUCUGGGAGAUGAAGGAGUUUUUUUCCGAAGAGCUGAAAUGUUCCGUGAUCUUUCCUGACUUAUUUAUGAGUCUAGCAGAAAGCAAAGAAAUUGCUACCACAGAACCCUCUGUUCAGACGUCCUCGUCCAGUCCAGUUACUGCUUCUGAAGGAACAAAUGUUCCGUCUGUGAUGACUUCUGUUCCUUCAGCUAAGAAACGCCGUCAUACAGAACGUAUUGAUCUUCCAUCUGUCGCAAUGGUGAUAAUCUACAGGUCUUUAGGCCAGAUCCUGCCUGAGAACUACGACCCAGACCGACGAUCUCUCAGAUUGCCCACUCGGCCAGUAAUAAACAGCCCUGUAGUGAGUGUGGUGGCUUACAGAGAGGGAGAAGGUACCUCCAACCUGUUACACACACCCAUCACUCUAAUGUUCAGACUGCUGGAGACACAAGAGAGAACCAAACCUGUGUGUGUCUACUGGAAUCACUCUAUUGUGGUGGAACGGUCUGGUUUCUGGUCAUCUAAAGGCUGUGAGCUGGUCUUCAGAAAUGCCACACACAUCGGCUGCCAGUGUAACCACAUGUCUAGCUUUGCUGUACUCAUGGACAUCUCCAAACGAGAGCAUGGAGAUGUCCUGCCUUUGAAGGUGGUGACUUACACCACUGUCUCCUCGUCCCUGGUGGCUCUUCUCAUUACUUUUCUUCUACUGGCUAUACUGCGCAAGCUCCGCUCCAACCUUCACAGCAUCCAUAAGAAUCUGGUAGCAGCCGUCUUCCUCUCCGAGCUCAUCUUCCUUGCUGGUAUUAAUCAGACUGAUAAUUCAUUUGUGUGUACAGUGGUGGCUAUUUUACUGCAUUACUCCUACAUGUGUACAUUUGCCUGGAUGUUUGUGGAGGGGCUGCAUAUUUACCGUAUGCUCACUGAGAUGCGUAAUAUCAACCAAGGCCACAUGAGAUUCUACUACGCUAUUGGCUGGGGCUUUCCUGCCAUCAUCACAGGUCUAGCUGUAGGAUUGGAUCCUCAAGGGUAUGGAAAUCCAGAUUUCUGCUGGCUCUCUGUUAAUGACAAUCUGAUCUGGAGCAUCACGGGACCCAUCACCUUCGUAGUGCUGAUAAACAUUGUAAUAUUUGUGCUGGCUGCAAAGGCAUCUUGUGGACAGAGACAGCGAACGUUUGAAAGGUCGGGAGCAAUCUCAGCUCUGCGUGUCUCCUUCCUGCUGCUGCUGCUCAUCACUGCUACCUGGCUGCUGGGCCUGAUGGCUGUAAACAGUGACGUUCUCACCUUCCACUAUCUGUUCGCCAUUCUCAGCUGCCUACAAGGCAUUUGCAUCUUCUUUUUCCACUGCAUCCUCAACAAAGAUGUUAGAAUGAAUCUUAAGAGUGUAUUCAAUGGUGAGAAGAAGGUACCAGUGGAGGAGUCCAGUGCCACACAUACCAGUUUGCUUAUUCGCUCUCUAAAUGAAAACACAUACACUGAGGAUGGAUGUCUGUAUCGUUCAACCAUAGGAGAAUCCACAGCAUCACUGCAGAGCUCAUCCAGAUCAGGCAAAAGCCAUGGAAGCAGCUACAUGUCUAACACACUUAGGGGGGAGCAGAAGCACCGUGUAUCUCGUAGUGACACAAAAUCACAAAAUGAUGGCGACUCAUCAUUAAUCCUCAAAAAGAGCAAGAGGAGGCAAGACUCUGAUUCAGACAGUGAGCUGGAUGAACACAACAGCUUGAAUGCUUCCCCCUGCUCAUCUGACAAUGAAGAAAAGAAAAGCUCAAAAAGUUCUAAAACCCAGUGGAACAAUGAGAGAAGUCUCAUUUACAGUGCUGCAGAAGUUGAUAAUGUGUCAUAUUCCAUGAAGCCUUGCUGGUUAGUAGAAUCACACGUAUCCAGUCAGAGUGACAGUUCUGGCAUGGAUAAACUGCAGCUGGAGACCAAAGCCAAUGUGAAGCUCCAGCAGCCCAAUAAAAUCAGUCCCAAUGGAAAUCUGUCAAAAACUGAAGGUCCACCCAGCCAACCCAGCAGCACUCAGCUACCCAGAAAAGGCAUUUUGAAGAACAAAAUCACCUACCCUCCUCCUCUGACUGACAAGAAUCUGAAAAACCGUUUCCGGGAGAAGCUAGGAGACUACAACCACCCCACCAUCCAGUCUAACAGUCUGUCUUUGGGGUCAAAUAAUGGCCUGCGAUCUGGCCCUGAGGGUAACGGCAUCUUCAUCGAAACACCAACUUUGCCGCUUAGUAACACGUUGAACCAAGUUUCUAAUGGAGUAAGGUCGAGUCCUGUGUUUGCAAAGGAAGAGACAGAUUCAGAUGACAGCAAUGAAACCUCAAUCUGAAGGAGCUCAGUGAUGUGUCUAGUAGCCGAGAUGUAGCUGUUGGGGACCUGCGUUUUAGGGACCGUCAGUGGUUGAAGAACGCUGAAUUUCCCUUCAGAUCAGUAUUGCUACAAAACAUUACUUUGUCUGCAAGAGAGAAAGGGAAGAACUGAGGACUGCAUACCCCAGUGUGACUCUGUGCAGAGCUAACAGGACAUAUUCAAAGAGAACUAAUGAUGGUGUGAACCAAACAUGACGGACUACAGUAGGCAAAGAAUGCAGUUGUGAUGUUGUCUAAAAAUGAUGUUUUUUAAGUGUAAAUAAUGUGUUCAU